CGCGAUUCCGCCGGCUCUCGCUUGCUGCCGCCACUGCUAAGAUGGCGGGGGAGGAGGGUGGAGGCGCUGCAGGCGUCGUGGUCGCGGCGCGUCUCUCUCGGCAGGACCUGUCCUCCCUGGACGUGGGGAAACUCACGCCGCUGUCACCCGAGGUGAUCAGCAGACAAGCCACCAUCAACAUCGGUACCAUCGGGCACGUGGCCCACGGGAAGUCGACGGUGGUGAAGGCCAUCUCGGGCGUGCAGACUGUGCGCUUCAAGAAUGAGCUGGAGAGAAACAUCACCAUCAAGCUGGGCUACGCCAACGCCAAGGUGUACAAGCUGGAGGACCCCAGCUGCCCGCGGCCCGACUGCUACCGCUCGUGCGGGAGCAGCACACCAGACGAGUUCCCCACCGACAUCCCCGGCACCCGCGGCACCUUCCGCCUCAUCCGGCACGUCUCGUUUGUAGAUUGCCCAGGCCACGACAUCUUGAUGGCCACCAUGCUGAACGGAGCAGCCGUCAUGGACGCCGCCCUUCUGCUCAUCGCCGGCAACGAAUCGUGUCCACAGCCCCAGACCUCGGAGCACCUGGCAGCCAUCGAGAUCAUGAAGCUGAAGCACAUCCUGAUCCUGCAGAACAAGAUCGACUUGGUGAAGGAGAGCCAGGCCCGCGAGCAGUACGAGCAGAUCCUCAAGUUCGUGCAGGGUACGGUGGCGGAGGGCGCCCCGAUCAUCCCCAUCUCGGCGCAGCUCAAGUACAACAUCGAGGUGAUCUGCGAGUACAUCGUCAAGAAGAUCCCCGUGCCCGUGCGCGACUUCAUCUCCGAGCCGCGGCUCAUUGUCAUCCGAUCCUUCGAUGUCAACAAGCCGGGCUGUGAGGUGGACGACCUCAAGGGUGGAGUGGCAGGAGGCAGUAUCCUGCGAGGGGUGCUUAAGGUUGGGCAGGAGAUCGAGGUGAGGCCGGGCAUCGUGUCCAAGGACAGCGAAGGGAAGCUCAUGUGCAAGCCCAUCUUCUCCCGCAUCGUGUCCCUGUUCGCCGAAAACAACGACCUGCAGUUCGCAGUCCCAGGGGGACUCAUUGGCGUGGGCACCAAGAUCGACCCGACGCUUUGCCGUGCCGACCGCAUGGUCGGCCAGGUGCUGGGUGCCGUCGGGGCGCUGCCCGACAUCUACACUGAGCUCGAGAUCUCAUACUUCCUGCUGCGGCGACUUCUGGGCGUGCGCACGGAGGGGGACAAGAAGGGAGCCAAGGUCCAGAAGCUGUCUAAGAACGAGGUGCUGAUGGUGAACAUCGGCUCGCUGUCGACCGGCGGACGCGUCCUGGCCGUCAAGGCCGAUCUGGCGAAGAUCGUGCUCACGAACCCCGUGUGCACCGAGAUUGGGGAGAAGAUCGCGCUCAGCCGCCGCGUGGAGAAGCAUUGGCGGCUCAUUGGCUGGGGCCAGAUCCGACGAGGAGUAACCAUCAGGCCGUCCAUCGAUGACGACUGAGAUCCUGUCGGGAAAGUCGCCCGGCCAGGGGGAUGAUUGGAGGUCGGCAGGGAACCGAUGGCGGAGGCACAUUUCCACCACCCAUGCCCCGGCUAAACCAGGCCGCUGACAAGAACCACAACCGCCACCGCCAUCAUGAACAUCUCCCCACACCAAACACCGUCACGAUCGCUAGAGUCACCACCACCCUCAUGAGAAUCUGCACCACCGCUACAACGGCAGUAUUCCCGGCGUUGCCGCAGUUAACACCCGCACGGCCUACUACAUCCUCGCACUCGUGUCUCGUACUUGUUUGCAGAGCGGAGUAAUACAAUCGAAAGCUUUUUUGUUUUGCAAAUGGUAAAAAAAAACUAAGAAUAAAGUUUAUGCUUUAAGAGGA